UUAGCAAGUCAUCCGACCAUCAAACGCGUGAACAUUUGCCUGCUAGAGCGACCAUCGCAACUCUCUCUCCCGAGCUUCCAUUUUGCAUCGCCAGAGCCUGCCUCCAGCCAUGGCUCGCCCGUGCCGCACCAUGGGCGUUUUCUCUCUCCUCCUCCUCGCUUCCGCGCUCCUCUCGCGCAUGCCGCGGAAAUGAAGGCCGCGAUGACCUCGCGGGCUCCGCAGGCUCCAACACCGAGUUUCUCGGCAAGUACGACACCGUCACUCCCGCCGCGGUCAUCACCCCCCGGCCCAAGGACCCACGCCAGUUGCUGAGCCUGUGCCGAGCCUGUGACUCCCGAGCCUGUGGCUCCCGCGAACCCCAUCUCGACUCCCACUCCGGUCACCGCCACCAAUCCGGUGUCGUCCGCUCAGGACGCGUUCACUGACAAUCCGUACGGCAGCUCGACCCCGUCACUCGCAGGUUCGGGCCGUCGUUCGACCCCAACGACCUCUGGGAGGACGGGACCCCCUCGCGGGCGACGACUCCAAGACUGGCAUGCAGCAGACAAGCGCGACUGUCUCUAGCGAGUAUACCGGCACUGCGGUACCCAACCAGGCCAACAGGUGACUCCGACUUUCCCUGAUACACCCACCCCACCACCAACGAGUCCGGCGUGGCGGACUCGUCCACCUGCGACCCGUCCGACCUGGACGGUUACACGUCCUCGUACCAAAUCACCAAGUUCGGCCACGUGCUGCACUGGGCCAUCGUUUCCCCAACGGUCGUGAAGAUCGCGCUUGAAGCGCGGCACGGCAGCGGCGCGGCGGCGGGAUGGGUGUCCGUUGGAUUUUCCAGGACGGCAAGAUGUCUCCAGCUGAUGCCAUCGUCGGUAACCUGCCGACUCCCCCGUGGCGGCGUACUCGAUGAGCGGCUACGAUGCGGCGUCGAUUACUGUGAACAAGAACCUGUGGAUCGGCGAUGCUAGCCUGGUGUCGAAGACCAAUGGAAGCCUCAUAAUGAUGUUCCAUCGGUCCAUCACGGACGGCGUGGCGCCCAUCUCCACUACGGCGCCCACCACAGUCAUCUGGGCUUUCUCCCUCGAUAACACCCAGCCCCUCGCGUACCACGGCGACAAGAGACGCGGCUCUUUCCAAGUGGACUUCUCCUGCAACGGCGGCGGUGGCGGCGUUGCGACGCAGCCCACGACGCCUGUUCCGGCCCAGGGCACGACGCAGGUGACGGUGGGGUCGUCGUGCCCGGUGUCGACGCUCGGCCAGUACGACCACCAGGCGGACCUCUACGACGGAAAGAUUCUGCUCCACUGGAAGGUCCUCCCCGGCCCCGUCUUCCAGAUGGCUCUCGAGGCGAAGCGCCUCAGCGGCGCGGAGAACAGCUGGAUCUCCGUCGCUGGUCGAACAACGGCGCCAUGGCUCCCGCUGAUGCCGUCGUUGGUAACAUGCCCGGUAUCAAGGCGUACAGGCUCGAUGGUUACAAAUUCGCGGAGCUCGUCAACGAUACGUUUUCGCUGGGGGCCAACCCGUCCGUUACCACCUCGGCGACUGGAUCCACCGUCGUGAAGUUCUCUCGGCGCAAUGGCGAUGGUGGCACUGUUCCAAUCAACCUGAGCGGCGAGACAUACGUCAUCUGGGCUUUCUCCCGCGGAAUGCUCCAGUCGUUCGGCUACCACGAUUACAACAGGGUCUCGCCAUGGUUGACUUCGUCUGCAACACCGCACCCACCAUCCUUAUGCGACCUGGCGAUAACGUGGCGAACAUUCCCGGCGCCAACGUGAACCAGGGUAGUGACGCGGGUUUGACCCAGCCGAGCGCGCGGCCAAGGAGUCCCGCAGGGAGCGCAGGCGAGCGCGCCGAGCCCAGCGGGGGCGAUUUUCCGCUCGUGGGCGGAUGCCGCUCUCGGCCUCCCCAACCCGAUCCCCUCUUCCCAGCGGCGCCGACCUACCCUAGAUCCACGACGCCACGAGUACUUCCGAGAAAGAAGGGGAAAUUAGGUCAUUAGCUGCUAAGCUUAUUUGCAAGGAAAGGAUAUGAUUGGACAAAUGAUUGCAUCGUUAUUAUGUAUUAGCUCAUUAUUUGCUUGUUAUAAGCUAUAGCUAUAUUACAGCCCAUAUUCUGCUCUACUA